AUGAAGUCACAUACAAUGGAACCAGAAGAUACACAGCUGAAAGAGGACAUCAAAACCACAAUAGGCUACAUAAAGCAGCAUGGUGUUGAUUUUGAGAGCAAGCUGCUAGAAGAUGAGAGAUUUUCAUUCAUCAAGAAAGAUCACCCACUUCAUGAAUACUACGUCAAACUCCUGAAUGAGGCAACAACCACUGACAGCAGUGAGGACGAUGCCGGGAAGAGGGAACGAGACAUAGCGAGACCACAGGAUUUUUUAUUCUCUCGAUAUGAUACUGGAAUUUCCCGAAGGGAUAUGGAACUUAUCAAACUGACAGCACGUUACUAUGCCAAAGAUGAAAGUAUUCUUGAACGCCUAGUUUCAAAGAAUAGUAAAGCCAGAUUAGACUUCAUAAACAGUUCGCAUCCGCUACACAAGACAUUCACUGAUUUCGUCGCCCAGUACAAGCGGAUAGACUCUUUUACUGGCCAAGAAAUAAAGAAAAGUAAGAGAGACAUUAUAGAUGACUGUUUCGGUAGGGCUCAGUAUUGGGAAUUUGCAAAAGAUAAAGACCGGGAGCAUGAUAAGCUCGUAGAGUUGUGCAAAAUACAAUUUGCUGCCAUUCCAUGGGAUAAAUUUACUCAAGUAGCGAAAUUCUCUAUCCCUGAGAACACAGAAAUGUUACAAGACUCUCUAGAUUUAGAGCAAAUGAGGCUGCGAAGAGUACAAGUUGGUAUGAAGUUAUUCGAUAGUAUCAGGACGACAAAUGAAGAAGAAAAUGCAGUACCCGACCAAGUUAAGCCAAAAGGAGGAGAUCUUAAGGGCAAAAAGCGUAAAAUUAGAGCGGUGGGAGAGACUAGACUAAAGAAAAGCAAGAAAUAA